AUGGAGUCCAACAUUACCAACAAGGGUGGCCCGCCUCCCACACCAGCCCAGACCUUCUACGCCAACACUACCGCCCCACUGCCCCAGUAUUCUUGCCCACUCCGCGCCUGGGCCGCCACCAACAAUACAGCUACCAUCACACCGCUCGAAACCCCCGAGACCCUCUCAUGGACCUUCUUCAUCCCCGCCUCCCGCCGCUUAGACGGAGGCUCCGGCCAAUUGGCCAGGGAAAUGCUACUCCUAGUCUACUUCGUCGACGGCCGCGACGGCAGCGAGCCCUUCGGCGUCACGCGGAACCAAUAUAUCGUCAGUGCCACCUCCAGCUCCGGCCUAGUCUCAACCCUCCUCCGCGAAUGCGGCACCUGGGCCACCUCCCUACACGAUGAGAUCUGGGUGUUCAACCAGGGCUACUGGGACAAAGAUUCCGACCUGUACGCCUCGAUCAUGAAAGCCAGCUGGGAUAACGUCAUCUUGCACCGCGAGCUGAAGGAGGAUCUCGUGCAGACGAUCACGCGCUUCUAUGAUUCGCGGGACACGUACCACCGCUUGGGCGUGCCGUGGAAACGCGGCAUUAUCUUCUACGGUCCCCCCGGGAACGGCAAGACAAUCAGCAUUAAGGCGACUAUGCACACACUCUACACCCGCAAGCACGACCCCAUUCCGACGCUGUACGUCAAGAGUCUGCAGAGUUUCGGCGGGCCGGAAUAUAGUAUCAAUCAAAUCUUCAACAAGGCAAGGAAGGAAGCGCCGUGUUAUCUCGUGUUUGAGGAUUUGGAUAGUAUGGUUACGGACAACGUGCGGAGUUACUUUCUGAAUGCUGUUGAUGGAUUGAGUGAGAACGAGGGGAUAUUAAUGGUAGGCUCGACGAAUCACCUUGAUCGUCUCGAUCCUGGCAUUGCGAAGCGGCCGAGCAGAUUUGAUAGGAAGUACUUGUUUGAUGAUCCGGAUGAGUCCUUGCGGGUGAGGUAUGCGGAGUUUUGGAGGAGGAAGGUUUUGGAGCGUGGUAAGGAGGACAAGGAGGCAGGCAUCAUGAAGGAGAGUUUGGAAUUCCCAGAAGUGCUGUGCAAAGAGAUUGCAAAGAUCACAGACGGUUUCAGCUUCGCGUAUAUGCAGGAGGCGUUUGUGAGUACGUUGUUGAAGAUUGCGAAUGAUCAGGAGAAGAAGCGUGGUCUGGAUAGCGGAGCAGAGAACGCAACGAGGAGGGCGAUGAAGAGGAUGAGCGAGCAGUGGGAGUUGCUCGAUUUGAGCGACGCCGACGAUGUGGACGGAACGAGGAAGGAGAAGGACGGCAAUGAUGAUGGUGAAAGCAAAGAUCUCGACAAGUACGUGCUCUGGCGCGAAAUCAAGGCACAGGUCGAAAUGCUGAGGAAGGAGAUGUCCAAGGAACGGGACGAGUGA